GGGUUGUGGAAAAUAGCAGCACCAUUAUCAUCAUCUGGAAUACAUUUUCUGCCUGUGGUGAAAAAAAUAAGUAGCUAGCAAAACACAAAGAAAUCUCGACGUUCAUACCUCUCAAAAUGUCUAAACUGGCAUUGUUCAAUGUGUAUAUAACUGAACGGCUAACAGCGGUGGCUGUGGAGAUAGCCGGGGUGGUAGAGAGAACCAUAACAGAAUACCAGGAGGAACUCUCUCGUUCAAAGGAGGAGAACGAACGUCUUCGACGGCUGCUGGAUUUCAAACUGCACAGAACAGACCCCCAGCAGCUCACGCUCCCAGUCUCUGAAGAGGAGGUUCCCCCUGAGCGGCAGCAUGGUGAGCAGAAGUGGGGCCCCAAUCUGGGGCAGAAGGACCCAGAGUCCACACAGAUUAAAGAUGAACAAGAGGAAAUCGGGACAAAUCAGGAGGAAGAGCUUGAAAGGCUAGAAUCUGAUACCAACGACUCCAUAUUCACUGUCUGUGAGGAGAGAGACAGUAACCCACCUUAUCCGCCCUAUCAAAUGCAUUUCUCAAGCCACACUUUCCAGAGCAAAGAGGAGGAUGUGUUAUGCAUCCUCAUUCCUAAAGAGAUCAAAACUGAGCCUGAUGGAGAGGACUACACAGUAUCAGAAGCAACCAGUGCCUCUCAGUCCCUAUCCGAAGGAUAUCUAGGCUGUUCUGCAGCUCAGAGUGAAAACAGCGGAAGUGACAACGAGGUGGAGAGUGGGGGACAACCGUCAGGGUCAAAGCCACUGGAAUCAUCCAGAAAAUGGGCAAAGAAAGAACUAAGCUUCCAUACCGUUGCUGGGGGCAGAGCGACCACAAAUGCUUCUCCUUAUUGUUGCAAGUUGUGUGGAAGUACAUUUGUGUACAUUGGUCCUUUAGUUAACCAUGUGAAAAAUGUGCACACAAAGCUUACUGCAGAAUACCGUUGUGGUGUGUGUGAAGAAGUCUUUGAGUCCAUGGCAAGUCUGACAGAUCACCUGCAAACCCACAUAAAAGCAACACGUACUUGUAAUGUUUGUGGCAAAUGCUUCCCUAGUGAUGCUAAUCUGAGAACACACAUGGUGUCUCACACAGGAGAGAAACAGUAUCAAUGCAAAGAAUGUGGGAAAUGCUUCAAAACUAAGGGAUAUAUGAAAUUGCAUAUGAGACUGCACACUGGGGAGAAACCAUUUCAGUGCAAAGAAUGUGGAGAAAGUUUCACUUGUAAUGGAUACUUGAAAGCACAUAUGAAGUUCCACACAGGGGAGAAAUCAUAUCGGUGUAAGGACUGUGGGCAAGACUUUGACCAGAAGACACAACUGGAAACGCAUAUGUGGACUCACAGAGGUGAGAAACCACAUGGUUGCAAGCAGUGUCCCAAAAGCUUCAAGCGCAAGGAAGAACUGACCAGACACACUGCGGUUCAUACAGGAGAGAGACCUUUCAAGUGCACUGUUUGUGGACAUUGCUUUGCCACCCCAGGCAACCUGACACAACACCUGACCACUCACUCUGGAGAGAAACCGUAUCGGUGCAAAUUCUGUGGCAGAUGCUUUAGAAAUAAUCCGCUACUUAAAAGUCACCUGAGGAACCGUCACAAAUUUCAUGAAAGUGCCUGAUUCUCAGAAGAUGACUUAAAGGACAAGUUAAGUUUUUUACAACCAAAUCUCUAUUUUUGAUGUAAAUUUUUUGAUGUUCUUGAAGAGUACAGACACCUUUUUUUGUGAUUUUGCAUGUUUGAGAAGCUUAACACAAAUGGCAAAUCACUUCCUCAUCCUCGUUGUGUAGUAUGCAGUCCCUAAAAAAGCAGGAACAAAGGCUCCAAAAACACCCAAAUGUGUACUUUUAGUUCAUUCUGAACUUUAUCCACAAUGUUAUAUUACCUUGCACAAGUCAUAUCCAGCUGUUCCAUUUUCUGUGUAGCCUGCUGCUACAUAACUGACAAAAUAAAGGAAACCCCAACAUAAAGCAUCUUAAUAUGGCAUUGGGCCACCACGAGCCGCCAGAACAGCUUCUAUACUCUUUGGCAUAGAUUCUACAAGUGUCUGGAACUUCCUGUGUGGAAGCACCCCAUGCUUUCAAUAUCACAUUUUAUUGGUCACAUACACAUUUAGCAGAUGUUAUUGCGGGUGUAGCGAAAUGAUUGUGCUCCUAGCUCCAACAGUGCAGUAGUAUCUAAAACUGAUUCACAACAAUACACACAUCGAAAAGUUAAAUCAUGGAAUUUAUAAAUAUUAGAUCGAGCAAUGUAGGCGUGGCAUUGACUAAAAUACAAUAUAAUAGAAUACAGUAUACACAUGAGAGAGUAAAGCAGUAUGUAAAUGUUAUUAAAGUGACAAGUGUUCCAUUAUUGAAGGGGCCAGUGAUUCCAAGUCUGUAGAUAGAGCAGCAGCCUCUAAGGUGAAGGCUUGCGUAACCAGGUGGAAGCCGGCUAGUGAUGGACUGAAAAACAGCUAAUAUCAGGUACUGACCUCGUCUUCUGGAUGAUAGCGGGGUGAACAGGCCGUGGCUCAGGUGGUUGAUGUCUUUGAAGAUCUUUUUGGCCUUCCUGGGUGCUGUAGGUGUCCUGGAGGGCAGGUAGUUUGCCCCCGGUGAUGCGUUGGGCAGAGCACACCACCCUCUGGAGAGCCCUGCGGUUGCGGGUGGUGCAGUUGCCAUACCAGGCGUUGAUACAGCCCAACGGGGAUGCUCUCAAUUAUGCGUCUAUAAAAGUUUGAGAGUUUUAGGUGCCAAGCCAAAAUUCUUCAGGCUCCUGAGGUCUUUGUGGUUGGACCAUUUCAGAACGCCAGUGAUGUGUACACCAAGGAUCUUGAAGCUUUCCACCUUCUCCACUGCAGUCCCGUUGACGUGGAUAGGGCCGUGCUCCCUCUGCUGUUUCCUGAAGUCCAGAAUCAGAUCCUUUGUUUUGUUGACGUCGAGUGAGAGGUUAUUUUCCUGGCACCCCUCUCCCAGGGCCCUCACCUCCUCCCUUUUAUACUUUGUAUCUCUUGUUUACUCAAGACGUUCCUUUAUUUUGGCAGUUACAUGUAGAAUGGACAGAGGUAUUGCUGGAGUCGCAACAAAAUGUUGCGGAUAAAGUUCUGAAUGACACGAUAUCUAAAGACUUAAUAAAAUGACAUAUUUGUUCAUGUUUUUCAGGGCCCCCAUACUACACAAUGGGGAAGUUAUUUGCUGUUUAGUGUAAGUUUCUCAAAAACAUGGGAAAUCACAAAAAAGGUUCCUGGACCCUUCUAUAACAUGCCAUUUACAUCAAAAAUAGUGAUUUGGUUCUAAAAAAAAGAAGGAAACUUCUCCUUUAAGUUUAAAAUAGACACUGCCUUUUGGUUGGUGGUGCAUUGGAACAUAAUGUACAAUACAAUGUAGUAGAUGCUCUCUGUCAGGCUAUGCCUUCAGUCAGAGUUGUGAAUACUAAUCUGCUUUUUACUAUUAAAUAAAGGCCUUCUAUAUAUAUUCCCAUGAGAGCACACUAUUUUCAUUUUUGUGAAGGAACUUACAAAACUGUCCCUGUACAUUCUUUAUAUAAAUAAAAAUGGGUUCAGGGGGAUGGAAAUGUUUUGUUUGGCAUAUUAUAUGGAUGCUACAGAGUACAAUGAACCUUCUAUUGAGAUACGAUGUACGGUUGUUGUUUUAUUUACAGUCCAUUAGAUAGGAGUAUGCACAGGCACAAAAACAUUUUGAAGGUAGACUCCGUGAAAUGUUGCCAUGAGCAGCACUGCAGAUAUUGGGGUGAGUGAGAUGCACAACUUCACUUUCACUCAGUAUGUGUGCAGGACCAAAACAGUGGAGAAGUUGCACUUCAAUGCUAUUGUUGUGGAAAUGUACCUACUAUGCUGCUGUUUACUUUCAGCAUCUACAUCAGGAAUGGGCAACUCCUCGGGAGCCUGAUUAGUGUCACACUUUUGUCCCAGCUAACACAUCUGACUCCAAUAAUCAACUAAUCAUGAUCUUCAGGUUACAAUGCAAUUUAUAACCAAUUUGUGUUUGCUAGGGAUGGGGGAAAAGUGACACCCCUCUGGCACCCAAUGACUGGAGUUGCCCAUCUCUGAUCUGUGGUUUCUUCUUCUUCUGAGGUUUAACAGCGGUUAGCAUCCAAUUUUUUUGCAUUACCGCCACCUACUAGACUGGAGUGCAACUGCCUUAUACUUUACUUGAAAAGAAAAAUGUACUAAAUAAAUACCCUACCAUCUAA